AUGGCAGCCGGGGCGCCCGGCGCGGCCCUGACUCUCUGCUUCUGGCUGGCGGCCUCCGGGGGCUGCCUGGCGGCCGGCUCCGGCGCGGCCGCGGCCCGGCGCUUGGAUGAGUCGCUGGCGGCAGGGAGCGUGCAGCGCGCCCGCUGCGCCUCCAGGUGCCUCAGCCUGCAGAUCACGCGCAUCUCCGCCUUCUUCCAGCACUUCCAGAACAAUGGUUCCCUGGUUUGGUGCCAGAAUCACAAGCAAUGUUCAAAGUGCCUGGAGCCCUGCAAGGUGUCCUGGGACCUGCGAAAGCAGCAAUGCCAGAGCUUCUGCGAGUCUCUGUUCCCCAAGAAGAACUACGAGUGCGUGACCAGCUGUGAGUUCCUCAAGUACAUCCUGUCGGUGAAGCAGGGAGACUGCCCCUCCCCAGAGAAGGCCAGCGGGUUCGCCGCCGCCUGCGUGGAAAGCUGCGACGCGGACGACGAGUGCUCCGGGGUUAAGAAGUGCUGUUCCAACGGCUGCGGGCAUACGUGCCAGGUGCCCAAGACUCUGUACAAAGGUGUCCCCCUGAAGCCCAGGAAGGAGUUGCGGUUCGCGGAACUGCCGUCUGGGCAGCUGGAGGUAAAGUGGUCCUCGAGGUUCAACGUUUCCAUUGAGCCCGUGAUCUACGUGCUGCAGAGAAGGUGGAAUUAUGGGAUCCAUCCAAGUGAAGACGACGCCACGCACUGGCAGACCAUGGCGCAGACCACGGACGAGCGGGUGCAGCUGACGGACGUCCGGCCCAGCAGGUGGUACCAGUUCCGUGUGGCGGCCGUGAACGUGCACGGGACCCGAGGCUUCACCGCCCCCAGCAAGCACUUCCGCUCCUCCAAAGAUCCGUCUGCACCCCCGGCCCCAGCCAACCUCCGGCUGGCGAACUCCACCGUCCACAGUGAUGGAAGCGUGGCCGUGACCAUCGCGUGGGAUGUCCCCGAGGAACCAGACAUCCCGGUGCACCACUACAAAGUCUUCUGGAGCUGGACGGUCAGCGGCAAGUCCCUUGUGCCGACCAAGAAGAAGAGGAGGAAGACCACGGAUGGGUCUCAGAACUCAGUGACCCUGGAGCCGCUGCAGCUGGGCUGCGACUACACCGUGGAGCUGCAAGCCAUCACCUACUGGGGGCAGACGCGCCUCAAGAGCGCCAAGGUGUCCCUGCGGUUCACAUCUGCGCACGCUGCCCACAACAAAGAACAGCUCGGGAAAAGUAGAAAAAGCGUGAUGCACACACAGCCUCCCCUUCAAAGACGCCGGCCUGCUCGCCUCCUGGAAGUCGGGGCUCCGUUCUUCCAAGACAACCAGCUGCAAGUGAAGGUCUACUGGAAGAAGACCGAAGAUCCCAGCAUCGGACCAUAUCACGUGGAGUGGUUUCCGGAAGUCUGCGCCCACAACAAAUCCGCCAGGCUGGAGGCGUCCUCGGCCGUGACCCAGGAGAACUACAUGAUUCUUCCAGACCUGUCAUUCUCCUGCAAAUACAAGGUGAUUGUGCAAGCCGCGCGGCCCCAGGGCCGCUGGAAGGCGGAGAGCGCGUCCUUCACGACCCCGCCAUGCUCUGCGCUCAAGGGCAAGACCCACAAGCACUUCAGCUGCCCUGGCACGGAAGAGGGUUACAGUCACGUGCGCCCCAAAGUGCAGGCCAAACCUGAGAACCUGUCCGCCUCCUUCGUGGUACGCGAUGCCAACAUCACGGGGCACUUCUCCUGGAAGGUGAACCAGGCGGGCUUGCCGCGGCCGGCCACCGGCUUCCAGGUGACCUGGGCCGAGGUCACCACUGAGAGCCGGCCCAACAGCCUCCCGAACAGCAUCAUCUCUCAGUCCCAGAUUCUGCCCGCGGAUCACCCUGAGCUCUCGGUCCCAGGUCUGCGGCCUGCCACCCUCUACCGCCUGGAGGUGCAGGUGCUGACUGCGGGCGGGGAGGGGCCCGCCACCAUCAGGACCUUCCGGACCCCCGACGUGCACGGCCCCCAUCUGAAACACCGCCAUCCCCACCACUACAAGCGUCCUGCAGAAAGGUACUGAGCUGCUCUGAGAGCCCGUCUGAACCCUGAGCAAGUGUGGAAGCUGGCACAACCCCCCAAGGACUGGCAGCGCCCACUGGGAGGCAUCAGGCCCUUCCCGGAAGACCGCCUGCCCCUGCGUAAUAACCGCAGGGCGCUCAACGCUCUGUCUGCCCUGGAAAACGUGCCCCCAAAACCAAGGACCCGAACCUGCGGUGGGCGCCCUGGUUGCCGGGGGUUCAGUGAGCGGCGAGGGGUUGAACGAGCGGCGCAGGCCGAGAACGUGAGGGUGUCGACUCCUCCUGGGAGGCCUAAGCUCUUAAGUGCGGACACCAGACAGAGAGACGACCCCUGUUAUCACACGCACGCCUCUCUCCCCGGAGAACCCCGGAGCCGGUACGCAUGGAUCUCCGACGGAACAGAUGGGAAAAAAAAACUUCCUGCGUCUUCGAUGAGCUUGGAAGCUUGAGCAGGCAGGCGGUGCAUUGCAGCCUGAAGGAGGGGCUACGGGGGGAUCUCAAGGGUGCAGCCAGCUCACGGGGCUUCGGGCUGUUUCUCUGCAGCUUCUUAACGUGGUUUGGGGUGGACUCUGCAACAGAGUGUCCCUGCAGAGUCAGCGGGUUCCCCUUCUGCACGGAGACGGGAGGGACAGUCUUCACGGAGGACGCAUGCGCAAACACAGAGCUCAUCUCUGAAACCAUGGGUUUUCCCUAGACGCCGUUCCCAGCAUCUGGAUUUUCAAACCCUCAGAAUCUCAAAAGGGAAGGCUUCAAAUUGUUAUUGGCUGUGUGUUUAUCGUCUGCCUUCAUUGGUCCUAAAGAUAUCAGUAAGUCUUUGUGCCAGCCCAUCUUUGUACUGUUGUAUAGUUUAAAACGCGGGAGUAUAUACAUAGAUGCGAAAUAUUAUUAAAUUAUUAAAUACACUUAAUUUUGUAUAAUUUAAUGACGUUUCUUUUGCCUGGGUCAUAGACGUUGAGCAAAUACAUUUUUAGUUCGGAUCAAGGUUCUGAAGCUUCUAUCUUCCUUGAAAUACCUGAAGUAGGUCUUCUGAGCAUUUCAUCCUGCUAUAACAUUUGAUAAAUUUUAUUAGUAUUAUUGGAAGAGAAGACUAGGCAAUAAGA